AUGAUCAUCAUAUCUUGGAAUGUGAGAGGACUGAAUAAGUCCCACAAGCAGCGAGAAGUGAGAAAAUUCUUGCUGAAAAACAAAGUGGAUAUGAUAGCUUGCCUUGAAACUAGAGUCAGAAAGCAGAAUGCAAAGGAUAUCCAAAGGAAAACAGGGAAUGAAUGGAAAAUUGAAGACAAUUAUGAAUAUGCACCAAAUGGUAGAAUAUGGUUAAUGUGGAAGGAAGUCGAUGUCAAUGUCACAGUACUGGAGAAGACAGAGCAGUUGAUUCAUUGUUAUGUACAAGAUAAGAACUCUGCAUUCACUUGCUACAUAACAUAUGUUUAUGGAUUGCAUACUGUUCAGCAUAGAAAAUCACUAUGGGGAAACCUAAAAAAUGUACAAUUGAAUGAUCCUUGGCUUAUAAUAGGAGAUUUCAAUAGUGUACUCAAUGUUGAUGAUAGAAUAAGUGGUAAUACUGUACAGCAAGUUGAAGUAGUAGACUUCCAAAAUUGUAUUGAAGAUAUAGGAGUGGGGCAAAUUACCAAAAGAGGAGGUAACUUCACAUGGUGUAACAAAAGAGAUGCUGAAAUCAGGAUAUACAGUCAUAUAGAUUGGGCCUUUGGGAAUGCUGAAUGGUUCAACCUAUACACUGGUAUUGAGGCUCACUACAUGCUUCCAGGAUGUUCAGACCAUACACCAAUAAUGAUCAGUACUGAGGUGCAGAAAAUGAAAGUUAACAGACCUUAUAGACUGUUAACUACAGUAAUGAAGCAAGUAGAAUACAAGGAGAUUGUGCAAAGAAUAUGGAAACAAAGAAGUGGAGGAGAUGCUAUGAACACUAUCCAAGGAAAAUUGAAUGAAGAUUAUUUUAAUGCAGGACUGAUAGAUGAUGAAAGAAAAUGCUUAGCAGAUAUUGAGAAGUGGGAAGCAGUCCAAGAACAAAUACUAAGGCAGAAAUCAAGAGCUACAUGGAUCCAAGUAGGAGACCAAAAUACAAAGUACUUUCAUGCUUGUGAAGAUCACAGAACCAAAGCUAAUUCAACAGGAGUUCAUCCAGUUCUUCAAGCAGUUGAUGGGGAAAGCAGCAGACCAAAUGCCAGGGAUUGA